AUGAGUGGAAUAGGCACAUCGAAGAAAAAAUAUCUAUCUAUCUAUCUAUCUAUCUAUCUAUCUAUCUAUCUAUCUAUCUAUCUAUCUAUCUCAUACAUGUAUUUGUGCACGAUACAGUUUUGUUUCUCUCUUAUAUUUCCUCGCAGAAAAUUCAUGAUUGUCAUGGAAAUUUAUUUCUCUCUUUGGCAGUUACGGUUACUCCUUGGCCAUCCACUGAUAAUUAGACGGUUACUCCUUGGCCAUCCCCCGAUAAUCAAACGGUUACUCCUUGGCCCUCCCCCGAUGAUCAAACGGUUACUUCUUGGCCCUCCCCUGAUAAUCAAACGCAUUUUUGUUUUUCUUUCUAUUUACCUCUCUCUUUUCUUUCUUUCUUUCUUUCUUUCUUUCUUUCUUUCUUUCUUUCUUUCUUUCUUUCUUAACAUUUUUCCGUGUAGUAUCUCUCUCUCUCUUUUUUUUUGUCUUUUUGCUAAGCCUCCCUCCCUCCUUUUUUUUUUGCCAGUAUGUCUUUUUCUCUCUUUUUCAUUCAUACUUCUUUCCCGCCAAAUUCGACGAAGAUCUGUCCUUUGA